ACAGUUGGCAACGAAUCGUGUUAGCGGGCGGACAAAAGCGGAGCUGGCAGCAAUCUCAGCUGAUCGCAGGGCACACAGAAAAGAGCGAGACGGACGUCAGAUAUCCGCAUAAGAAAGAGAGAGAGUGCGAGAGCGAGAGAGAGAGAGAGAGAGUCAACAGAAUUCUCUGUUUUGGUUCGCGUUGUGCGGCAGCGAAAAGUGGCACAGUGGCACGCACUUAAAUGUCACUUGGUGGAGGCCUGUGGGGCGUAAGGCAGGGCCAGUGGCAGUGGCAGGGGCAGGGGCAGAGCCAGGGGCGUCAACUGGGAACUGGGAAUGGGAGCUGCGAUCAUCUAGAUCAGGGAGCGAUUCCACCUAAAAAUAGAUGGAGGGAGGAACAUGAAAGAGAACGAAGCCAAGUGAGUGAAUGCAAGGAAAAAGCCAAAAAUAAUUGAAAGCGUGGGCAGGAGGACAGUAAAAUCCACAUAAAAAGAACACACACACAGAACAAGCGAGAAAAGUACAGCUCAAUAUAAGAGGAAAACAAAAUUCGAAUUUGAAAUUCUUUAAAAAACAAAAGCCAAAACUUAAAAACUCCAAAAAAGAAAAACAAAAUCAAGUGCCAAAGUAGUGCCCCCCCAAAAAGACUGAUCCACCCAUCGAGUGUCCACUGUGAACACAUAGUUGGGAUAAACAAUAAAUUGGCCAGAGGCCAACCAAAAGAAGCAACGAAGAAACGAAGAAGCGAAGAUCAGAGCCAGCGGAAGAUCAAACAGUCAACAGACAGCCAACAGGUGGAAGGAAGACCCCUAAACGUAUCCGAAUCCCCCUCUCGAGAGAGUUCCAGUCCAUGCCUUGGGAUGUCCCAGUCCCAGUCCCCAGACGAGGAGCAGGAACAGGCAGAGGAGGCCGAUGCCGAUCCGCUGGCCAAUCUGCUCAGCCUCCAGUUACGCAAGCCCCCGCACUGGAACUGGGAGCUGAGCACCUCCCGCAGUUGCAGCAACAUCGCCCUGCCACGCAUCCUGCUGUACGACCACACGGGCGCCCUUCUAGUCGACGCCCACAGCGGCAGCGAGCAGACCUAUCGAUCCACCGAUCCGCCACAGGGACAGCGAGAGCCGCAGAGGAUCCGCCGCAAGAGAUCGGCCACCUCGAAUCUGAGCGGCUGCUUGGCACGCGACCUCCAUGGCCUGCAUAUCGCCGAGGCCACGCCGAGUCCGAGCAGGAGCAGGAGCCGGGAGCAUUCUCACACGGGCAGCGGCAGUUGCAUUGAGAUCAACACCCACGAGCUGCCCAACUGGGAGCCCGGCAGUGGCAGUGGCUGGGGCAGCGGCAGCUCCCGUCGCUCCAGCUCGCUGCGGGGCGUCCGAUUCCUGGAGUCCCCCAAGCCGCUCGUCGAGCAGGAGGAGGAGGUGGAGGUGGAGGUGGAGCUACCCGUGUAUCCAACGCCGCCGUCCACAUCCACGACCACCAUGACCACCACCACGGCGAACUCGUCGUCGUCAGGGCCGCGAGAGAAGCGGCGCUACCGGCGCUCCCACAGCUCCAUUUUGGAGCGGUUCAGCCUCUCGCGUGGGCGCCACUCAUCGCGCUACUAUCUGCGGACCAGCAAGGCGGGCACCCUGGUCAUCCGGGAGGAGAGCUUCAGCCGGAUGCGACAGCGCCGCCGCAGGCCGCCAAAGCACUCGUCCAGCGAGAACAUCCUCCAGGAGCGUUCGGAGAGUGCCCAGAGUGCCGUGCAGGUCACGACACGGAGGCGCCAUCAGGAGGCGGCGGCAGCGGCUGCCAUCUCCACCUCUGAGGAGGAGGAGCAGCGGGAGGAGAAGCCCCGUCACAGCCACGGGCGACAGUCGCGCGGCAGACGAACGCAGCGCAGCUGCAUCAAGGAUGUGGCCCAGGAGCUCAUCACGGUCGAUCCCGAUAAUUGUGUCUAUCGUGCGGCGCCGGGCGCCACAGCACGCUAGAAAAAGGAAAGCACGGAAGAAGGUCGUCCACAAAAAAGAGAUGGAAAAUGUGAGAAGAAAGUCCACAAUAAAUGAAGUGAGAGAGAGGGAGAGAGAGAAGGAAAAAGAGAGAGUAUGGAAAAAAGUAGAAAAAAAACUAGAGUUCCUCCUUGUGAUGUAAGUCGAUAAAGAUGUACACUAGAUGAAUAAAAAAUGCAAUAUAUAUAAAACAA